GAGAGUUUAACAGAGCGCGCGCCCGGAGGCAUCCGGGUUCCGCUCCCCGCCGCCCCGCACUGUGUGGCCCGGCCGGAGCCCGGAGGGAAGAUGGCGGUGGAGUCGCGGGUUACGCAGGAGGAGAUUAAGAAGGAGCCGGAGAAGCCCAUCGACAGGGAGAAGACGUGCCCGCUGCUGCUGAGGGUCUUCACCACCAACAACGGGCGGCACCACCGCAUGGACGAGUUCUCCCGCGGCAACGUGCCCUCCAGCGAGCUGCAGAUCUACACCUGGAUGGAUGCAACUUUAAAAGAGCUGACCAGUUUAGUGAAAGAGGUCUACCCAGAAGCACGGAAGAAGGGCACGCACUUCAAUUUUGCAAUAGUUUUUACAGAACUCAAGAGACCCGGUUAUAGGGUGAAGGAGAUUGGCAGCACAAUGUCAGGCAGAAAGGGCACAGAUGAUUCCAUGACUCUGCAGUCUCAGAAGUUCCAGAUUGGAGACUACUUGGAUAUAGCAAUUACUCCUCCAAAUCGUGCACCACCCCCAUCAGGACGCAUGAGACCAUACUAAGUGACAAAGUGUCACUUUGUUUAAAACUGAUCAUGUAUAUUUCCCUUUGAUAGUACUUGCUGCUUGAAACAGGCUCUUUUUUGUUUUUAUUGCUAAGCAAGAACAUCUGAGAACACACUUAAGCCUUGGAAACAUGGGUUACUUUUAAAUCUUUAUUUUACUUGUUUAGAAGAAAAUAUCUUUCAGCAGCUUCAUAAUCCUUUUCAUAGUAGUUAUGGUCUGAAAAGUAGAAAUGUUCAGUGUUUCAAGGUCUCUAAAAAUAUGAGCAGCAUAACAUAGAAGUGUUCUAGUUCUGUUAGAAACUGUCAUGUUUGGAACAAAUAUAUUGCUAUGUCAUCCAAAAUUUAGUGUCUGUUUUUAAAGAUUAAACCAGGUCUGCGUAAUAAGUGUUUAAUUAAACUGUUAAUGUCA